GUCAAAAAGACAAACGGAUGUUUAUCCACGAGGAAACAUCUGGAUGGUAGCAGGAAGUGACAUGACUGCUCAGGUGAGGUUUUACCUGUCUACGCUCUUUCUCUGGAAUGUUUCUUAGGAACUUGGAAUGAUUUAGUACAAACAGACACUUUGGAAUAAUAAACAGAGUCAGAUGAAACGUGUAGAAGCGCGUAGGAGAAGCAGAAACAUCUGAUUAUCAGAGAGGAAGCAGCUGAAAGAGGAAGAUGUGCUUCUCUAAGCAGAGCGAGGUGGAUGUGGAGCAGCAGAACAUCAAACUCCUCCAUCGUCAAACACAAGCAGCAGCUGAGCGACUGGACCUCCAAACGUGAGAGAAAAUGAGUUUUAUUGAUGAGCUGAAGCUGAAUGCUUCACUAACUGAUGAUGAUGAUUAUUAUUACUCCACCUACAACCCCGAAGAUCUUAUUGGACCUUGUUCCUUCAGUAACAACAACAGUCUGAGUACUGUAAUCGGACCUUAUAUCCACUCCAUCAUCUGCUUCCUGGGCUUCGUGGGAAACAGCCUGGUGAUCGUCACCUACGCGCUCUACAAGAGGACCAAGUCCAUGACCGACGUCUACCUGCUUAAUGUCGCCAUCGCUGACCUGCUGUUCGUGCUGGCUCUGCCUUUCAUCGUCUAUAACGAGCUGUAUUCGUGGCCGAUGGGGCCGGUGGCCUGUAAGCUGCUUCGCGGCUCCUACAGCAUCAACAUGUACAGCGGUAUGCUGAUGCUCGCCUGCAUCAGCACAGACCGCUACAUUGCCAUCGUCCAAGCUCGCAGGAGCUUCGGGUUACGCUCGCUGUCUUACAGCCAUGUCAUCUGUGUCUGCAUCUGGGUCUUUGCCUUGCUGCUGUCCAUCCCUUCCUUUGUCUUCUACCAGUGGUACGAGCCAACAAACCACUUAGUCAUCAUGAUAGGAGGAAAUAACCAGACUGCAACGGCUCCACAGUACGUCUGUGAGAUGAAGUUUGCAAACAGUGAAACAGCCACAAAGACUAAAGUAGCCCUCCCCAGCAUCCAGCUAGCAGUCGGCUUCUUCCUGCCACUGCUCAUCAUGAUCUUCUGCUACACCUCGGUCAUCGUCACUCUGAUGAAAGCCAAGAACUUCCAAAGACACAAAGCUGUUAAGGUGGUGGUGGUGGUGGUGGUGGUGUUCAUCGUCUGCCACCUGCCUUACAACAUUACUCUGUUAUACGACACGGUCAGCAUGUUUGAUCAAGGUGACUGUGAGUAUGUGGACUUCCUGCAGGCGGUGCUGACAGUGAUGCAGACCAUCGCCUACCUGCACUGCUGCCUGAACCCGGUGCUUUAUGCCUUUGUGGGUGUGAAGUUCAGGAACCACUUCAGGAAGAUCUUCAAGGAUCUGUGGUGUAUUAGCAAGAGGUACAUGACCCCACGUCGCUUCUCCAGGGGGAAUUCUGACACCUACUUGUCUACAAUCCGCCGUUCAGGGGAUGUAUCCAGUGAAACUGGAUCGUCUUUCACCAUGUGAGGAGAUCAGUCUAAAGAAACUUAAUGUCCAAACCCGACUCUUGUCAAUUUUUAUAAAGAGUAAGUG